AAAUUCUCUUUUCCGUUUCAUGAUUCAACCGGAUCACUGAAACAACUUGCGACGAGACAUAGCACAAGAUUUUCUUAUCGAAAGAAAAAGUUUUCUUAGUAAAUCGAUAAACGUCCAUUCACUUUUUUACUUUAGCCGAGAAGAUAGAAAUACCAACAGCGCAGAACGAGUUAGAAUCAUCCACAAUAUCCAGUAAAAAUUAUUCGGACAAUAUAGAAGCGGCGAAGUCAUCUACUAGUACAGAAACAGUCGUGAAAGUGGACGAACAAGAACCUCGAGAUACUUCCGUGGGUGGAGCAAAUGAAAAUACGCGAUCUGAAACACAACCAGAACACGAAAAAGAAAUAUUGGCACUGCCAAUGAUCACUGAGCUUUACCAAAUACCCUUUGAUGUCCCAAGGCCGUGCUCAUUUUCAGUGUCGACGAUUGUCGGGGCUCGUGGCAAAGGUGGUCAGUACGAUCAGCUGGAUUAUCCUUUUGACAUUUUCGGUACGAAGACGUGCCACGACAUCUAUGUGGCUGACUCGUGCAAUUCACUUAUUUUGAAACUGUCUGGACUCAAAGUUUGUGCGAUUGCUGGCGGUGAAAGUCCUGGUUCUGCAGCGAAUCAGCUAAAUUUUCCGAUGGCGAUGUUUGUCGAUGAAAAACGAAAACAAGUAUUCGUUAGCGAUUUCGAGUAUGACCGGAUUCAGAAAUUCUCUCUGAGUAACAUGAAUGGCCAUGGUCAAACUGUGAUUGGGCAAAAUGGUGAAGGCGAUGGUCUAGAUCAGUUCAAUCGGUGCUACGGUCUGUUCGUAGAUAAAGAAGGACAAUGGAUUUAUUUGUCCGAUUACAGGAAUCAUCGUGUUACAAAAUGGAAAAAUGUCGAAGACGGUAAUCAUAGUGAGAGUGUUCUUGUUGCUGGCGGACAUGGCCAAGGUUCAUCCUCGAAUCAACUGAACUACCCAAGAGACAUAUGCGUCGACGAGAGUGAAAAUAACAUUUAUAUUUGCGAUUAUUUUAAUCAUCGCGUCCAGCGCUGGUCACUGGACGAUCUAGAAGCAGGCGGUGUCACUGUUGUCGGGGGUCAUGGAGAAGGUUUCGGUUUGGAUCAGCUUAGCUAUCCAAUGUCGAUCACACUGGACUCUUCAAACAAAGCGUUAUAUGUUGCUGAUAGUGGAAAUAAUCGGAUAAUUAAAUUGUCGGUUCUUCCCAGUUUGAAACAAGCAGUAUCAGAAAUAAUUCUAGGCACUAGCCUCGGUCAGGGACCAAGCCAUUUGUUUCUUCCACGAAAACUGUUCGUCGAUAAUUAUAGUAAUCAACUGUAUAUAGUCGGUACCGGCAACCAUCGUCUGCAAAAAUUCAUUAUUACUGGCAGUGCGUCAACAUCUAGUGGUGGUAAGGAUUGCUUUAAGUUUGAGACAGUUUGA